AUGACUGGAGAUUUCCUCUUCUACACCACCCACCUGAACCACACCCCAGAGUAUCAUGGAUCUGUCAUUGUGAGAACGAAUGGAGCUGUCGUUCCCAUUGAGUGUCGUUAUUUUAGGAAGGGCAAUAUGAGCAGUGACCCCAUCAAGCCCACCUGGAUCCCAUUCAGCUCCACCAAGUCUGGAGAAGGGCAUCUGUCAUUCUCUCUGCGCCUAAUGAAUGGUGACUGGCUUACAGAGGGCACUACGACUGUCUACUACCUGGGUGAGCUCAUUCACAUUGAGGCCUCUGUUUCAAUGACCAAACACAUGCCCCUGAAGCUCUACAUUGACCACUGUGUAGCUACAUUGAGCCCAGACAAGGACUCCAACCUGAGAUACAGCAUCAUUGACCACAAUGGUUGCCUCCCGGACAGCAAAGCUGAGGACUCCUUUUCAACCUUUGUGUUGCAAAGAGACGAGCGGGAGCUGGACAAGCUCUGGUUUGACCUGGAUGCGUUCCAUUUCCUUGGAGAUGACUGUUCCUUGAUUUUCAUCACCUGUCACCUGAAAGUUGCUCCAGUGGAUCAGAGGGAUUCCAGGAACAAAGCUUGUACUUUCCAGAAGGUGCAGAAUGUCUGGACCCCAUUGGAGGAAUCAAGCAUUGACAUUUGUGCCUGUUGCCAUGUGGGUGUGGAGUCUGAGGUGGUCCUGAUCGUGGCCCUGACUGUGACAGCUGUCUCAGUGAUCUCUGCUUCAUUGCUGGCCUUGUUCCUGUACAGGAAACACAAGCAAACUCGGGUCAACCAGUGA